GUAUCGCACGGGCAAAAACAUUCUUCAUCUCUAUUUACUUUACUUCUGUAUUGUGCGGACUUUAAUCGUGGAAAACUAGUUAAAAUGUGCUCGAGAAAUGUUAAAACCAGCCAGUGAGGCUAUUUUGGUGUACUUAGGGAUGAACUCGGAUAGCUUACAGCCUCCAUCGAAGCCAUUGCAGGUGUAAUUUUCCCUAAGAGAGUGGGCGUCGGAGGGGAGUGCGAGUGAGAGAGAGAGAGUGUGUGGGAAACUGGUGCAAUAUUAUUAAUUUGUAGGCGAUGCAUCUGCCAGAUCAAAGCCGCUUCACACGUGCCUAUAUUUAGAGCAUGACUCAUGGUCAGCAAGUGGGGAGUGCUCUGCGAUCUCGUUAGAUAGAAGCUCUGCCUCCAAUGUCCAAGUAUCAGACAACGAAUAGUGAUGCCAUCGCCUUGCCCGCGCACCCACUAAUACCGAGCAGGGACACUAGGGAUCCACGCAAGUCGCAAAGUAAUAAGCAACGGGAGCCAUUCGUAUUCUUCAUAAUGCGAUUAAAUUUGAAAGCUGUGAUGCUCGUUCUAACCGUGGCCGUGGUGGUGAUAACCUUAGGCGUUUAUAUGCGAUGUGCCGCCUUCUCAUUUUCACCGGACUUUGUGCGUCAGUUUAAUCGGCACCAUGAGAGCCAGGCCUCCAGCGCGGCGCUAACCUUAAGUGCGCUGCAGGACAUUGAGUGCUCCAUCAAUCAGGAGUACAGCGUUCACUGCAAGCGAGAUGAGAACGCCAACGAGGUGUACGUGCCCUUCUCGUUCCUGCGCAACUACUUCGAUGUCAGUGGAGCAGUCACAACGAGCGGCACGGAGGUGGCCAAAUUCAAUUGGAUGCACAGCACAGCCAAGGUUAAUCUGCCCAAGGGCAAAUACGAUGCCCGUGGCGUGUUCAUGUACUUUGAGAACUACAAUGUAGAGGUGCGCGAUCGGGUGAAGUGCAUCAGCGCCGCCGAGGGAGUUCCUGUGAGCACGCAGUGGGAGAAACGUGGCUACUUCUAUCCCACGCAAAUAGCCCAGUUUGCCCUCUCGCAUUACAGCAAGAAUUUGACGGAGCAGCCUCCCCGAGUGCACGCUCUGGAGGAUGGCGAUGGCUAUCAGAUGGACUGGACAACGCCCAAGACCAGUAACAUGACACGCAUCUGGCAUCAUAAGUUCAAUACCAGCGUGGUUCAGUUCGAGACGGCCAUUGGCUACGAGAGCGCCAUCAGCAUUGCCCUUAACCAGACACUGGAUCUACUUCUGAGCGUGGAUCUGCUCCUGGUUACCAACAGCAGCAGCCUUAUGGUCACGGUCCAGAACCGGGACACCAAGCACAGCUAUAACCUCCAUUAUAUUCCCGCCGAUCUUCUGCUCAGCGUGCAGGACUCGAAUAUCUAUUAUGGCUUGGGUGCAUCGGCUCUGAACAAAUGGCGCCACAUCACCCGGGAUCUGCACAUCGAUGUUCAGAAGGGCAUCGUUCUCGGGGACAAGCGAUCACCGCUCAAGGUACGCCGCUCCGAUUUGGAAGUUGUGUCUGUCGCCUUCCUGGGCAUCGGCUUCUACGACAACAUCACGCUGUCCACCAGCGAGCAUAUGUCACAUUUCUAUGAUGCUGCCGAGUGGUUUGUCCACAAUCAGGACCCCAAGUCAGGUGGCUGGACGAAUCCGGUGCGCCGUAGUCUCAAUGGUUUUGCUGAGCUGCGUCCAGGCUGGAUUUCGGCCAUGGGCCAGGGCCAUGCCAUAUCCGUUUUGGCGCGAGCGUAUUGGCACUCCGGUGGCGAUGAGCGGUAUCUCAAGGCAGCUGCAGCAGGACUCCAGCCAUACAGGGUAUUCUCGCAGGACGGCGGCGUUCUGUCGCAGUUCAUGGACAAAUUCUAUUGGUACGAGGAAUAUCCCACAACGCCGGCAUCCUAUGUGCUAAACGGUUUCAUCUAUUCCCUGUUGGGUCUCUACGAUCUGAAUAGCACGGCGCCAGCUAAAAUCGCCCGCGAGGCAGGCCAGUUGUUUGCCCAGGGCAUGUACUCGCUGAAGAAGAUGCUUCUGCUAUACGACACGGGCUCCGGCACCAGCUACGAUCUGCGGCAUCUCAGCCUGGGUGUGGCACCCAAUUUGGCACGCUGGGACUAUCAUGCAACGCAUGUGAAUCAGCUGCUACUGCUGGCCACCAUUGACAGCGACCCGUUGAUUGCACAGACCGCUGAGCGCUGGAAGGGCUACAUGUUUGGCAAGCGGGCCAAGCACAACUGAGAACUAAGGAAACUGGCGACCUAUCGUCGUCGAAAAAGUGAUAUUUUGUAAGGCUUAAGCACUAUGCUUAACCAUUCUAAAUGGUUGCAUCUUGUGUGGCUUGCCCUUUCCACAUCCCCACACACUCCCGACUUGGUUAUUGUUUCGCCCAUCGCUUCUAUGAUUUUUUACCUCGUCCUUGUGCUUAAUAUUUGAUUUAUGAACUCGUUGUAUGUAUUAAGCUAAUCUUUAAUGUUAAGCUAAUGUACCUUUAGCUUCGAUUGCUGUUUGAAAUCAUCUGUUGACCCAUCUUGAUAGCAUAAUUAAUUCCCAAAAAAAAAACUAGAUGCACGCGUACUUCACUGGACAAUAUCGAUCAAAUGAAUUAGAAACUUACACUUAACCUUCGUAGUGAGACUUUUUUACUGCGCAAACUAAGUAGUGUUCGUUACACUCCUCCUCCCCUGUAUAAAGUAAUGUGUAGAGAGCUUAGCGCUAUAGUUGUAGAAUGGAUAGACACCCCAUAUUGUACGUAGAUAGUAUCACUUGGAUGCAUAUUCGGUAUUCUUACCAGCCACAUAUAUUCCUCCUUACCGGAAGCGGAAGAGGUAAUGUUGAACAUACAUAAGUGCACGAUACAUACGAUAAUAACCAUUUUCUAUAUGGUAAGCAUGUAAGUUAAUGUAGCGUAGGCCACUUGAGGAUAUUUUCAUACUCAUCUCGACCUAAACGAUGCCAUUCCACUAUUCAUUUUAAUUUGUAUGCCCUGGCAGAGAGUUCAUUUCCGACUCCAUGUCUAUCUGUCUGGUCCAUCAGGCAGUACAGGCGGUAGGAUUAAUCAAUUUGCAAGGGUAUCUAUAGCCUCGGCAUGCCGAAUCUAUCUUUCUUAAUCGUUACACCUAAGUUUUCACCUUGGCACUGAGCAGAAUGGAUCAGUUAUCCGUUGUAUACUUUUAAACCCAAAUACGAGACUGUUAACAAAAGCCAACUAUUAAUUUUGUCUAUUGUGUUAAGUGAAUGUAAUUUAAUGUACUUAAUUUAUGUCUUGUGUACUCGCACGUGGCACUAUUCACAUGUGUGUGUGGUCGAUGGUGCCAACGUUAAAAUUCUUUCUGGAGCGUCUUCUACACACCCCAAGUGUCGUGUGGGUAUAUCAUGUUAUUUGCACACAAAACGACUUUGCGUAAUGUUUAUUUACAAUUUGGUUAAUUUGACUAACAACGAAAUAUAAAACGACUCUGUGUCAAUGAAAUGUACAAAUACACGUUCAAC